CAGGCGUACACGCUCCGAAUCCAUGAGGUCAACCCGAAGACGAAUGCCGUUUUGGAGGUGAAUGAUGAGGCACUCAGUAUUGCAGCGGCUCUUGACAGUGAAAGAAGCAGAGGGCAGAUUCGUGGGCCUCUGCAUGGGCUGCCGGUCUUUAUUAAGGAUCUGAUCGGAACGGGGGAUCAACUCAAUAAUACAGGCGGAUCUUAUGCUCUCCUCGGAUCCAAGCUUCCUGCUGAAGCCACAGUGGUGAGUAAGCUCAGAGAACAGGGGCUCAUCAUCCUAGGCAAGAGCAGCGUGUCGGAAUGGGCCAAUUUUCGCUCGUUCAAUUCGUCCAACGGGUGGAAUGCCAGGCGAGGUCAGACGUAUGCGGCCUACUAUCCUGGGCAGGACCCGAGCGGAAGUUCGAGUGGGAGCGCUGUUGCGACUGACCUGGGGCUGGCCACUUUCGCUCUGGGUACAGAGACUAGUGGCAGCAUUCUGCUUCCCGCCGAGAAGAGCAAUAUCGUCGGUAUCAAGCCCACCGUCGGUCUCACAUCGCGAUACAUGGUCAUCCCCAUCAGUGAGCGCCAGGAUACCGUUGGACCCCUGGCCAAGACAGUCAAAGAUGCUGCCAUGCUGUUGCAAGCUAUUGCCGGUGCAGAUUCCAUGGAUAACUAUACGCUGGCCUCGCCCUUUGGCGACUACCUGCCCAAUUAUGUGGAUGCCUGCAAAUUUUCCGGGCUGCAGGGAAAGCGCAUCGGUGUUCCACGGAACGUCAUCUCUUAUUUUGAGCAAUCCGAUGCCUCCAUGAUCCCGGUCUUUGAAGAGGCAGUCUCCGUCAUUGCGGGUGCUGGUGCGGCUGUCAUCGAUGAGACAAAUUACACAGCGUACAGCGACUUCUCCACCAGCUCUAUCCCAGCAUUGGUAGUAGCCGCUGAUUUCACUUCCAAUAUUGCCACCUACCUGUCAAGCCUGACCGGCAACCCUAACCAGCUCCGCACCGUUGCAGAUAUCCGCCAUUAUACUCAGCAGAGUCCACCAGAGGAAUAUCCAUCUCGUGACACGGGGAUCUGGGAUCAAGUAAUUGCGGCGGGCAUGAACAACACCUCUCCCGGAUUCUGGUCAUUGUAUCAAGAUAACUUGCAAUUUGGCGAUGAAGGGGGAUUGUUGGGAGCACUGAGACGGCAUGAGCUCGAUGCUGUCAUCUUGCCCACUCACCUGGCCUCUGAUAUCCCUGCCAUAAUUGGGACGCCAGUGAUCACCGUGCCGAUGGGGGCAUUUCCGAACGGAACACCGGUCCGAGCAAAUGCGCGUGGAGAUCUGAUCGAGCAGGCGCCUGGGAUCCCUCUUGGCGUCAGUUUUCUGGGACCCAAGUGGAGCGAGGAGGCGUUGAUAGGUAUGGCUUAUGCAUUUGAGCAGCGGACGCUGGUUCGCGAUCGACUUGAACGGUACAUUGAACCGCUCUUUUGA